AUGUUUAUCAGAUCAUUUACGAAUCGCAUUGCAAGCGGUCAAUCAUCAGCUAUUGCUCGACGCUUCUUGACAAGUCCAGCUGCAUCAUCCACAUCAGCCAUAUCUUUCAAAAAGCAUAUCCGUCAACGCCGCUUUGGACCCGUUCCUGCUACACCACCACCUUCUGCCGAAGAUGCUGUCACUAACAUUCUUUAUAAUACACCUGCUCCCAGUAAGGAACCCGAAACUCGUCAUAUCUUGAACUGUUUGGUCCAAAACGAACCUGGUGUUCUCAGUCGUGUAUCUGGUAUCUUGGCUGGCCGUGGAUUCAACAUUGAAUCAUUAGUUGUCGCAAAGACUGAAGUUCCUGAUCUCUCUCGUAUGACCAUCGUUUUUGAUGGCCGUAACGUACAGAUCGAACAGGCAAGACGUCAGUUAGAAGACUUGGUCCCUGUUUGGGCAGUUUUGGAUUAUACAAAUACAAAGUUGGUUGAACGUGAACUCUUGUUGAUCAAGGUCUCUAUUCUUGGUCCUGAACAUUUACAUGAACAAUUGCCUACAGCCAAACUGGAUGAUGAUGUGCAAUAUGAAGAUGAGAAUUUGAGCCGUCAUGAGGAUCAUCCAACUGCUGCUUCCGAUACCCUUCGUCAAACCUUUUCACAUUUACGUGCUCUGACAGAAUUGACACGUCUCUUUGAUGGUAAGGUCGUUGAUGUCUCCUCAGACUCUGUUAUCAUCGAACUAUGCGCCAAAUCAGAACGUCUAUCUUCCUUUAUGAAGCUUUGUAAGCCAUUUGGUAUUCUUGAAGCAUCAAGAACAGGUGUUAUGGCCAUGCCUAGAUCACCUGUACAUGAUCAUUAUGAACCACAAACUGAACAUUCUUACGAAGAGAAUGAUUCUGUUGAUGCCACUAUGCUUCCUCCUGGUUAG